AUGUCGGCCCUCGCCGAUUUCCGAGUCUUGUCCUUCGACGUGUACGGCACGCUGAUUGACUGGGAGACGGGCAUGCUCCAGGCGCUGCAGCCCCUGCUGGACAGGAGUGGCGCCACUUUCACCAAGGCCCAGCUCCUCGAGGCCGUCCACGAGGCGGAGAGGACCCAGCAGGCCAGGACGCCCGACAUGCGCUACGCCGACCUGCUCGCGGCCAUCCACCCCCAGAUCGCCGCCAGGCUGUCGCUCGCGCAGCCGACGGCGCAAGAGUCGAGAGAGUUCGGCGACUCCGUCGGCAGAUGGCCUGCGUUCCCGGACACGGUGGAGGCGCUGCGGCGCCUGUCCAAGCGCUACAAGCUCGUCGUCCUCUCCAACGUGGACCGGGAGUCCUUCUCCGGGUCCAACAGGGGCCCGCUCCAGGGCGUCCCGUUCGACCUCGUGCUCACGGCCCAGGACAUUGGGUCGUACAAGCCGGACCCGAGGAACUUUGAGUACAUGCUCAAGAGAGUGAAAGAAGAGUUCGGGGUGGAGAAGGAGCAGGUGCUUCAGACGGCGCAGAGCCAGUUCCACGAUCACCACCCUGCCAAGGCGGCGGGGAUCAAGUCGUCCUGGAUUGUUCGACCUGGGGCGAUCAUGGGGAACAGGGCCGAUGAGGUCUACGACUGGAAGUUCGACACGCUAGGUGCCAUGGCUGAUGCCGUUGAGGCUGACGCUAGGUAG